AUGACCGGCCUGAAGAAGAUGGCACUUCUGGACGCGCAGCGCUCCCCGCCGGCGUGGCUGCGUCGGCUUCUGGAGACGACGAACUUCUUCGAGCCAUGCCCGGACCACCGUGAUGCGUGGCGCUCGACGAGGAGCGCCGGCUGCUGCAAUUUCUUCUGCACCAACUGCGCCGGUCGCGCCCUCUGCUCCAGAUGCCUCGGCGACCACGCAGGCCACGAAAUCAUCCAGAUCCGGAAGUCUUCGUCGCACUGCCUUGUGAGGGUGGAAGACCUGGAGCACCUGCUGAAUGUGUCCCAGGUGCAGACGUAUGUCGUCAACGGCAAACCUGCAGUUUUCCUCGACAAGCGGACGAUUUCCUGCAAGGCAAAGCCCGGCAUGACAAAGUGUGAGGAAUGCGGCCGGGGUCUCCACGACGCGGGCUACCUUUUCUGCUCACUUGGAUGCAAGGCUACAGGAAUAGAGGACCGUCUUGAUUUCAAUGUAUCGUUCGCUGUCAAUCCAAGGAGCGAGUCAGAAUCAACAUCAGACAAUGAAGAUUCAUCCCAGUCUUAG